AUGUCGGCCCAGCCCCAGGUAUCCGGCAAGAAGCAGCAAGACCUGCAAGUUCAAUAUUCCAACUUCAAGAAUAUGCUGCAGCAAAUUGCCCAAAAAAUCGGAGACAUUGAGCAGGAAGCCGAAGAGCACAAUGCCGCGUGCAUGGGGAUUGCAUCAAGGCAUCUCGCGAGUGAUGACCCCGCCAUCGCGUCCAACGUCUGCCGUCACCGAUUUAGACUCGUACUCGAGACCAUCGAGCCUUUGCAAGAAGAUCGCAAAUGCUUCCGACUCAUCAACGGCGUCCUUGUGGAGCGAACCGUCAAGGAUAUUGUCCCUGCGCUGAAGACAAAUCAAGACGGCCUGAAGAAGGUGCUGGAUGAUCUGGUAAAGAACUACAAGACGAAACAGGAUGAGCUCGAUAUGUGGAAGAAGAAGAACAAUGUGCAGGUUGUACAGCAAUAG